AUGGAAGAGUCCAGCUAUAAAGUAUUUUCUAAUUAGGAUAUCUGCAAGGCUAAUAAUGUUCAAGAAAUCAAAGAAAUAAAUGACGCGUUGAUUUCCCGCGAAAAAACUAUAAGUAUCACCACGAAUCGAUUGCUUGUAAAGCCUAAUUAGAAAGAUAAAGAUUUCUAUUGUCUUAUUCUCCUCAUUUAAUAACGAACUUAUCAAUUAGGCAAUUUAUAAAAUUAUUUAUAUAAAAAAUUAUUUUUAAUUUUAAUUGAUAAAACUUUCACAAAUGUGAAUUAAGGAUCAAAUAUUUGCUCGUUUAUUAAAUGGGUGGAGUUAGUGAAACACUUCUACAAAGCUCUGAUUUAGGAUUUUUAAAAAGCAUUGAAAUUCAUAAUCAAAACCUUUCUGUUGAUGCAUGCAAAUUUUUGUACUUGGGAUUAAAAGAGAACCUGAAUAUUAUGCAUUUGAAUUUAAAUUCAAAUUUCAAUUUGAAUACCAACUCAAUGACUUAUAUAAAUUUUUUAUUACUGGAAAACACAACAAUUGAAGUUUUAGAUUUAUCAGACAACAAUCUACAUGACGGUUCUAUCUUUGAGCUGUCAAAUAUAGCUAAAGAUAUACGACUUAAGGCGCUCAUUUUAGAUAGCAAUGAAAUAAAAGAUUCUGAAAUAUGGCAAGGGCUGUCUAUAAAUGAAUUUAUUGAGGAGUUCUCUAUUAGUUACAACCCACUAACAUUUGACUGCAUAGCCUGCAUUUUAGACAUGCUAAUUAAUAACAAAGCUUUGAAAUAUUUAGGGAUCAAUGGGGUCGAUUUAAGUGACCCAGCACCUAUAAAAGAAAAUCACCAUGGAUUUUUGACAAUGCAUGAAGCAUUAAUUUUUCAGCUGGCAAAUGUUUUGAGAUAUAGUGGAUUAUCUAUAGUUGGGAUUGAUAUUGACCCUAUGGACAUUCUGGCUUUAGAAGAGCUGGAAUGCACUCUUGUUAAAUACAAUCAUUUUCUUACAGCAAUAGUUUCAGAAUCUAUAAACUGGCUAAAAUUGCCUCCGGGAAGUCCUCUCAUAAGAAUUUUCCGAGCACUGAAAGCUAAUACCAGAAUUAAUAAAGAUUUUUAUUUACCCAAAUAUAUAAAAAAUCCUCACUUCCCCUCCUUAAAAAAACCAAAAAAUUUUGCUUGCUUAUUUUUUAAACAAAAUUUUAUAUAAAUUUUGUUUUUUGAAUUUAAAAUAUCCAUUUUCGCAAAAGUUGAAAAGCAAAAUUAAUUUGCAAAAUUUAUGUUUUAAAUUGCUAAGUUGUUUAAAAUUAAACACAAAUAUCUAGAGAUUUUAUUAUACUAAUAAUCACUUAUAUAUAAAUUUUUAUUAUUAAAAAAGUUUUUGUUUUGCUCACAAAUAUUAUGUUCCCAAAAAAUAGGAUUUUUCGAAUGGUUUUGUUCGUUCACGGAGAGGAGGAGUCAGCACCAGGAUUUAUUUAGAUUUUUAGAGGUAUUGCGGCUAAGAAAUGGAGAAACUAUUUCUUACUACGAUUCCAACAGCUCAGAUUAUGUAAGAAUAGAAGAGGAGUCUGCAAAGAAAAUGCCUGAAACCCCCCAAUUUUCCUUAUCACAAGGGAAAAUUAAUUUCGAUAUUGAUUUAAGCGAUGAUGAAAGCAUUGUAAACGACUUAUGCAGAAAAAAGCUAGAAAGAGUAAGCUUGCUCAAUGAAGUUAAGCCAAUUAAUGAGAUGAUACAGAAAACUAUAAUAACUGAAGAAACGCCACAAUCAUCAAUUAUCACUACACCCAAAGCUGAGAAUAGAUCCUAUAUUUCAGAAAAGUCUCACAUAAUAAAUAGCCAAAGUCCAUAUGCUUCUGAUGGCUUAAAAGGAGACCAAAUAAUGGAGAAUUUUCAAAACAUUAUUCAAGCCAUUGAAAAAUUUGAUGGAAAAUUAGAAGAUUUGUCAACUAGGGUAAACAGAAUAGAAAUUGCAGUGAAUAGCUUACAGAACGAGGUCGUCUUGAACAAAAAUGAAAAAAGCCAAGAGAUUGCUGAAAUUUCUCAAAAAAUCGCAGAAAUUUCUGAUAAAAAGAAAGAAUUUAUAAAAACACGAACUAAAAAUGAUAAAGCAAUAAAUGCGCUGACUGAAAGAAUUACAGAAAUAGAAGCAGAGCAGAAAAAAUUCUCUGCGACCAAAGCUGAAAUUGACAAAUCCCUAAAUCUUCUAUCUCAGAAAAUUACAAAGGUAACCAGAGUUCAGUCUGAGCUAAUUUCUCAGCAAAAAAAUGAAGAAUACCAACAACCUGUGAGUUCUCGUACACAAAAAUCCUCUGAAAAUAAAAUUAUUAAGCCAUUCAAACCUCCGACCAAGCUUAGAAUUUCAACCAAAGAAAAUGUUAAAACUAACAGUAGUGAUGAAAGCACAAUAAAUGAAGAAAUUUCAAAACUUGAGGCAGAAAUCAAAUAUGGAGCAUUUGACUAUGUCGAACAAGAAAAGUUCAAUAAAGAUGUAAAACGAAGACUUUUGACAUUAGAAAACAACGAGAAAAAACUUUCAAAAAUCAAAGAAUUAACUCAAAAUUUGCAAGCAGAAUUAAAAAGCAAGCUAUCAAGAUUAGAUGAAAAUUUAAGGACUGCAGAAGAAUACAAUCAUGCUAAUAAAUCUAUUUUGUACUCUAUUAAUGAGCUUGAAAAAAGCAUGCAUAUUCUAAAUCACAAAGUCUUCAAAGAAAUUUCAAACAUUAAAGACAGCUUUAUGAUUGAAUAUAAAGAUCCAGCAUCUACAAAUGAAAAAUUUGAUACAUCAAAACAAAGAAAUACAUUUGAUCCAAAAUCUUUUUAUAAAACUAACCAAAGCACUUUUCAAGGAAAAUCAAGGGAUAGCUCAAUGAUCAAAAAUAAUCCAAUAAAAAUCCCUAAAAAGCCAGAGGAAUUUGGCAGCAUCAAGCAGAAUCAGUAUGAAAGAUAUAAAGGUGAAGUUUUGAAAAAUGAUGAAAUCGAUGACUCAUUUGAUGAGAGACUUAUGAGACUUGAUAAAUCCAUACAAAAAACACCGACAUCUGACAAAAGUAUUCACUCCCCCCCCCCUUUAAAUUGAAACAAAAUAUAGGUAAAAUUCCUACUUUUUUUUGGGAAAUUACCCCCCUUUAAAUUGAAACAAAAUUUUAUUAUAAUAGAAAAUUUUAUAGGUAAAAAUCAUUAUUUUAUAUGUAAAUACGUUAAUACCCUAUUUAAUAUGCUUCAAACAUAGGCAUUGUCAUAAAAUUAUAAUGUUAUUAAAUAUAAUUUACUCAAUUUAUUGUCUCUUUAAAUUUAUAUAAUUUAUUUUCUAUAAAAUUUUAUCUCUGAAAAAAAUUUUUAUAUAUAAAUUUUUUUAUAAAAAAAUUUUCUUAACCCCCCUUUAAAUUGAAACAAAAUUUUUUGUUUCAAUUUAAAAGGGGGGGGGGAGUCAGUCUCCUGAAAAAUCAUUCAUAACUGAUUUAAGCGAUGUUUUCCCAAGCGAGGCUGAAAGCAUUAUGCUUAAUGUGAUGCUGGAUAAAAUUGACAAAAAUCGAAAAGUGGCCUCAAAUUACUCUUCUUUUUAUAAAAAUAACGUAAGUAAUUAUGAUUAA